CUUUCUUGUUGAUAGUUUUGACUUUUGACAGCUGACAAGCUGACAUUGCAGAUCAAGCAAUAUCAAGGGUGUUUUGAACCUUUAUUUUGAAGUAAAAAAGUAAAAAUUGGAAUCAAACAAUCUUAUUUAUAAUUGUGAUUGUGUUUAAUUCUGCAAUAUCUCGCACAUAGACAAUAAUCAUGGAAAGCGAUGAUCUCGGGAAUGAAAUAGUAAGAUUGGACAAUGGCUUCAUGGUAGAUGAAGAGGAAACUUUUGUUGUUAAUUCUGAUGAUGUCUUGGAGCAGGAAGAAAAUAAUUCAGAUUCAAAUUGUGGCGGCAAAAAUGUUCCAUUGCGAGAACAGGAUAGAUUUUUGCCAAUCGCGAACAUUGCUAAAAUAAUGAAAAGAGCAAUACCUGAGAAUGGAAAGAUUGCCAAAGAUGCGAGAGAAUGUGUACAAGAAUGUAUAUCUGAGUUCAUAUCAUUUAUAACGAGUGAGGCGAGCGACCGUUGUCAAAUGGAAAAACGUAAAACUAUCAAUGGAGAGGAUGUUCUGUUUGCUAUGAAUCAGUUAGGUUUUGAUAAUUACGUGGAUCCUUUGAAGAUAUAUCUAAAGAAAUAUAGAGAGAUUGUUUUAUCACCGGUAACAAUAAAUAAGUUGAACAAAGCUUAUGUUCUUUCCACUCAUUAUCGAGAACCGUCAACUAGUUAUCCUGAAAAUGAAGAAGAUGUUAAAACAGACACAAUCCUGUGUUCAUUUAAGAAGGGUCUUGGAGAUUUUAAUAUUAAUUAGUGGUGAUAGAUAAGGAAAUAGUGUGAAGUGAAUGAAAUUCCAAAUGUGACUUGUAUUGAGAUAUUUGUCUCCUUUUUGUCGAAGAGUAUGAAAAGGAUGGCAAUAUGGAAUUAUACAAGUGCUUCGAUAGUCGAAAUAAAUUGACGUCAUUCUCACGGUCGCUUUUUUAACGCAAGACGUUUUUUAACGCUCUAGUUCAUACGAACUUUUUAAAAUAAACCUUAUUACUUUUGGGCCAGUGCUCAAAAUGCUACGCGGGAUAAAAAUAGCGUCACUUUAAAAGCGCAGCCUGAACAUAUACAUGGAAUUGCAUUUUGUUUGUUUGAGCGGUUUUUUAACGCGAGUUGAAAAAGCGUCCGUGCGAUUGAGCGUUCAAGGGUUUUUAUGUUACAAAAAUCAGAAAAAUAUCAUGUUUUGCAUUAUCGUCAAUUUAUUUUUCUUUUGGGAUAUAUUUUGGGAAUCAAUUUAAUGAUGUAAAGAGUGUCAAUAAAAAUGAUUUUUUCUAAA